AGUAACAACUUUGUUUCAAGUUUUACAGUAUGAAACAAACUUGUUAUCGAGAAAACACUUCUGUAUUUCUUCAGAUUGUAUACGUGACAAGAAGGUAACAACGUGUUGAGUUUCCUGCCUUAUCCCCAGAAUAAUUAAUUCACAUCUCUUCUUUGUCAUGCGAGUUUGAUAAAGUAUCCUUCUGUCCUUAAAGAUUGUGUGUGUAUAUAUGCAAAUAGAUCGCAAAUCAUUUAUGUAUAUCUCCCUCUUGGUUACGAAACUACAAGUAACAAAAUUACCACAUCAAUAUUUGGCGUAUAUUUUUAGUCUAGUAAUAGCAAAGCCUUCAUACGUGACCCUGACUUGUUAGAACAUUUAUUCUUGCCCAAUCAGUAAAUUCAAAAGGCCAGUCAUGCCUGACCUACCGUGCAAUAAAACCCCAUAUCAUCCAUUGGCGUUCUUGUCACAACAAAGAGCUUGGAGACAAUGGGACAAGAAAUUAUUAGAUGAAUUUUAAUCAACAGUGAGUUGAACGAGCAGUUACAAUGAUAUGAAACGGUGUCACAAUUCAACAGAUCACCCUGUGAGUCCAUUGAAAGCAGGUUAGAGUUCCGCUGAAUACGAAGUAAACAGUCUUUGCGAGACUUAAACGAAGCCUAGAAGGGGACUAGCUAUGCUGGCUCCUUCGUUGUCUGUCGGUCACCAAAGGCAACCGCCUGACGAUAGAAAGGUAGCGUGGAUAGACACUCAUUUGAAAAACUGCGGCAACGAGAGUCAUUCUGUUGUAAGUGGAAGACCAAGAAUUCUCUUAGAAGCAGUUAGCCAAGGGAGACUUCGGCAAGUUCGCCUGCUGUUGGACGCAGGUGUUAACGUGAACUGCAAAGAUUUGGACAGUGGGCAAACAGCGUUGAUUAGAGCCAUGUUUUUAGAAAACAUUAAACUUCGUCGAAGGACCGCGAAGAUGCUGAUGAACUACGGCGCAAAAGUAAAAUUAUUGGACAAGUUUGGUCGAUCGGCUCUGUCGUGGGCCUGUCUUCUGGGACGAGAGGAUAUGGUCAAGUUGUUUUUCAGCCAUCCCGAGGUAGACCUUGCAUUGGGAAGCAUUGAUUGUGAGGGAAACACGAACUUAAUGUUGGCAAGCAUGUCGGGCAAUGUAAACAUUGUUAAAACGAUAUCAAAAGUUUUCAGAAGGAACAGACUUGACGUAAACAGAGUCAACAAUCGAGGAAAAAGUGCGUUAAAGAUCGCAUACAGCAAAAAAUUUAGUGACUGCGCGGAGGUGCUUUUGAACGAAGGCCAUGUAACACAAUGUGCCGACGAGACAAAUCUACUGCGAGACGCAUUCAGCGCCUCACUAGGACAGAAAAAGAACAAGCCGCACACAGGACUGCGGCAAAACUCUUGUAAUCUCCCGAGGUUAUUUGGUCUGUACACAGAACAGCUUACAAAUUCGUAUCCUCGAAAUUGCAGGUCUGGAGGUGGUGUGAAGCACUCGGCUUAUUGAUUAAAAAGAGAUUACAUUGUAAAGAUUAGAAGAUUAACUCACGGGACACCUGGAUCGUCGCUCAAGAUUGUGAUAUCGCCUCCCAUGAAAUAAACUGGAGUACGUUGAAGUAGGAAAACUUCUCUAACAAUGUCCGGGUAAUUUAAUGUCGUUUAGUUUGCAUAAUAAGCAGUUUUCCCAUAGAGAAUGAUGUUUUAAUUACAAAUUUUAAUUAGGUAAGAAAUUAUUAAUGUUUAUGUAGGACUGAGAACAAGACAAGAUAACAUUGGUUUGUGAAAAAACAGAAGAAUGAUUAAAAUAAGA